UAAUGACCUUCCUCGUAAACAAGACGGGAGCAAAAGUGUGUGUAAAAUGGCAACAGCUACUAAAACCUGUGGUGUUUGUGAACUCCGUCACAUCACUAAACCAUCCAUAGUUUGGUGUUCAGAAUGUGAUGAGGGACUAUGUACCGAAUGCAAGGAACAUCAUAGCUUGUCUAAGUCAUCGAGAAGCCAUUGCGUGAUAUCUUUUACUGAAUACCAGAAAUUACCAGCUGAUGUACUUAAAAUUACUCAGUACUGUACCAAACACGAUAAAAAGUAUCAAAUGUUUUGCCAGAAGCAUGAAUUUCCAUGUUGCAGUAAAUGCAUCGUGGAAAGCCAUAAAGAAUGCCGAGAUUUUGUUGAUUUAGAUGACGUCAUUCACAAUGUCAAAACCUCCAAUGCAAUGUGCGAGAUAGAGGAAACAUUAGUUGAAGUAGCAGAAAAUCUACAAAAUAUUCGCCAGCAUCAACAGGACAAUUUGACGACAUUUAAAGAAAGUAGAAAGGAAAUAGAAAAAGAAAUAAAGACGACCAGAAUAAAGAUCAAUAACCAUCCCGACAAAUUGCAAGAAGAUUUAUUGAAACAACUAUAUGUGGUCGAAGAAAAAGAAAACUUGAAAAUGUGUGAGUUAUUGUCAUCAUUAGAAAAUAAAGAAAAGGAAAUAGCAGAUUGCCAGAGAAAUAUAAUGAACAUCAAGCAACACGCAACGGACCUUCAGAUGUUCUUGUCAAUAAAGCAAAUAAAAGAGGACGUCUACAGCAAAUAUGAAUUCCUGCAGUUGCUUGAUGAAGUCAAGAAUGUCAAGCAAACUUCUCUUUCAUAUAAGAUCAACGCCUCUAUCAAGAAUAUCAUGUCCGAUAUCAUAAGUUUUGGAGAAGUGCGUAUUGAAGCUAAAACUUGCGAUAUUGUUCUGAUUAGGAAAAAGGCCAAACAAGCCCAAAUGAUGGUACCAACCGUUCAAUCAAGAUCCAUUGAAAAUAUUAAGCUUACUAUACAGAAGACCCUCGACACUCAAGGAAACUCAACCUUGGGAUGUUGCAUGCUGUCGGAUGGUAGAUUGGCAUUUACUUACUACUAUGAUUGGAAGGUUAUUGUAUUUAAUAUGAAAGGAUUAAAAGACUUUGAGGUUAAGAUGCCAUGUAACGUUUAUGAUAUAGUGUACAUCAGUGAAGACAAUGCAUUGGCUGUAACAUCUGGUGGUUCAUCGAAGAAGUGUAUUUUUAUUAUCGACUUGAAGAAGAAACAAAUCAAGAAAACAAUUUCACUGGAUUCGCAUAUUUAUGGCAUAGCAUCGAACGGAAAUAGAUUGGUUUAUUCCGCUUACGACAGAGGAAUAAGAAUGGUCAAUCUGUACGACGAGUCUAUAAGUGAUGUAGUUCGAGACAAAAUGCCUCGUGACUGUUAUACUGCUACAUUUAGGGACAACAUAUAUCAUACAAACAGACAAACAAGUUCUGUGACAUGUUAUAAUCUACAAGGUGAAGUACAGUGGACAUUCCAAAAUGAAAACGUUCUGAAGACUCCUCGUGGUAUUAAUGUAGAUAAUGAUGGUAAUGUGUACGUGGUGGGGUGUGGAUUGAACAAUGUGGUAGUCAUCUCCCCUGACGGAAAACAACAUGGAAAAGUAUUGACAGCAAGUGAUGGUCUAAGUGAUCCCGUCUCACUUCAUUAUAAUAGUGGACCACUGAAUCAGUUGCUAGUCGCAAACUUACACAACAAGGCUCAUUUGUUUAAUCUUAUUUGAAAGCAAAAAAAUAGUUAAAAUUACUCAUUCUCAGGUGAUUCUGUGAAAUGUUUAUUUUUUACAGGAUUUUGGAAACCUAAUUCGAAAACUAUAUAAUUUGUAGUGCUUUUUUGAAAGAAAAUUCCGCAUCCAAUUCGAUAAAGUUGUUAAGCUGGUAAUAUAGAAAUCGUUUAUCUUUUCUUUUAUGUAAUAGCUACAAGAGUUUUAAAAAGGUGUUGGUCGUUAAGCUGAAACAAAGACUUUAUUAAAGAAUGUUCAUAGUUUUAAAAAUGAGGAAACCAGGCGGAAACUAAGCUUAACUGAGGCGGAAAGCAUGCGUAAAAUUAGGCGUAAUAUUUAAAUGAGUACGCUAGGUCGACAGAAAACCAGGCGUAAUAUGCAAAUGAGUACGCCUGGUCAAUAGAUAAACCAGGCGUAAUAUCCUUACAUAAUACUACACUUAAUUUAAAUCAGUGUAUUACCUUAGCUGUGUACUUUGUGUAUUUGAUACAAACUUGUAUUGUAUGAUGGAAACCGCGCUACUAGCGCAAUUCAAGGGUAUAACGAAAUACCGGAUGUCUGUUUGUUCGUGUGUUUGUGUGUCCGUGCGUUUUGGUCCUCUGUGAGCUCUUACACGUACAAUUCCAGCCAGAUAUUUUAUCGGCAAUGCCUUGGACGAGUUCGGAAGUCAGUGGCGAUCAAAUAUUUUCAAAGGAGUUGUGCCCUUGAAAUAAACAUUGAUUGGAAAAUUGCAUUGUAAGCACUCUCUUGUCUAUAUUUUUUGUAGGAUUAUUAUAAAAUCAAUUGUGUUAAACAACGAUGUC